AUGCCUCCGACAACUUCACUUCCAAUAGAAAUAAUUCAAUUAAUCAUAUUCCAUUUCUGUGAUAAGGCGGCAUAUAUACAAGAUGACGAAUACAACAGUGCUGAGGUCAAAUUUUUAACUCAAGUAUCCGUUCGAAGGUCAAUCAGAAUACUAGAAUUUAUGCCGCCUUAUUAUGUAGAGAAUUCCAAAGCUAUGAUUCUCGCCCUUAGAUAUUCAUUAGAAGCGCUGUUCAUUGACCGAUUUCCAGAUCACAUUCCUCCCGAUCUACGCAUGUCCGCUCUACCAAAGCUCCAAUUGGUAAGAAAUACUUACAUGGAUGGAAUACUUAAUUAUCCGGGUUGGUGUGAAUGGACUUUAUUUGAAAACGUGGAAAUAUUCAUUACGUCUUACAAUAGAAAUAGUUAUUUUUGGGCCAAGAUAUUGAAGGAGGACAAGCAAUUUCAUCUGCCACCUAAGUUAAAACACUUUGUUUUUAUAAUUGAAGAAGGAGGGACAUUUGAGGAUGAUGGAUUAUUUCCAAUCCUCAAAGAUCAAGAUAUUGAAUGUCACUUUAGGAACAAAAUGGAUUGUUACGACAUAUUGGAGUUAAUUGAUAAGCUUGGGAGUAAAGGUCCCGAUAGAGAAGGAGCAAAACAUGCAAUUGAAGAUAGUCUCAAAGAUGAAUACGUGGUCUGA